CAGCGCGUACGGUAAGUCGCUGUUCAGAUAGUCGAUCCGCGAUCCGUGUGCUUUAAUCGUUCGUGGUCACACGCAUCUACCAGUGGCCAGUGUGCGAGUGAGGUGGCAACAGUUAAGGAAGAAAGCACAAGUGGUUUUUUUUAUUUACAUAGGAAUUUGAGAGGAAGUCAUGCAAUAAGAACCGAACGGUGCGCCAAAUAGUUUGGGAAAUUUCUUCCAACGGGUACCAAACCAAAGGAAACCCACUCACAUGCGUGUGACGUUCACUUCGAUCGCUGCAAUUACGGGAAGUGCAAAUGCAGUGGAAAGCCGCAGAAAAUUAAAACAUCCUCUUGCACGCUCUCGCGGUUCAAGAAAGAGGCAAUAACAAUAAACAAUUGUGGUUAGAGAAAAAGUGCUCUCCGUAAUAAUCGUUUCGUCCUAAUCUCUCUUGGCGGUAAAUUGUCGAACUGUUUAUUGGUGAAUUGCUUCAGUUAAUUUGUGCACGUUAUUUGAUGAUCCAGCCGAUGAUCUCUCGCUCUGUUGUAGUCUAGCGUGACGCGCCUCACAUCGAUUUACUACUGACCGGCCAUGUUGGCGCAUUGGACAUUACUAUUCUUGGCCACGGUCGCUGCCAGAACCACCUACGUUAGCGCAUGGCGCCCCUGCCCCGAAUUGGAUGCUGCGAUCAAGCUACCCUGCCGAUGUAACAUCGAAGCGGUUGGAAACAACAGCCAGUAUGGAUUCAUCGCCGUUGACUGUGAACGUACGGCCCUAUCAGGUGGAUUCCCUUCCGGCCUACCGAUCAUCUCAUUUUCACAUCGCAACAGUGGGCAUCACUUGAUUCCAGACCUAUCGAUGCUGAGUGCUUCAAUAAGACGCUUGGAUUUUUCGAACAAUGGAAUACGAACGAUUCCCGAAAAGUCCUUCUCUGUGAUAGGCGAAUACGUUAGCGAACUACGCUUGGCAAACAACCUUCUAGGAGACAAUCUGAAUCCAAUCUUCUCAACCACUGAGCUGCAAGCAUUGAAAAACGUAAAAAUCCUCGACAUCUCCUUCAACCAGAUAAUGGCCCUUGAUGAAGGAAUCUUCCUGGGAUGUCGAAAGCUGCAGGAAAUCCAACUGGAUGGCAACAAACUGUCCACUGUACCAGCAACUUCCUUCAAAGACCUGCCAUCUCUUAGAAUAAUUUCCUUGAGGAAUAACUUCAUCGAGAAUAUUUCGUCCGAUUCAUUUGCCUUCGCCAAUAAAAUCGAUCGGAUUGAUUUGCGCUACAACCGAAUCCACAGUUUGAAACCGAAUGCGUUCUCCAACCUACAAACAAUGAAGGAACUACUACUGGCAGGAAAUCUGAUCAAUAGCGUGGAUGAACGAGCUUUCAUGGGUUCGGAUGCGAUUCAGAAAUUGGAUCUAUCGGACAAUUUGAUUGGAGAAAUUCCUUCCGCCGCUUUGAGCUCUAUUGAGUCUCUCAAAGUGCUGAAUCUUUCCCUGAACAAUAUCGACAAACUGGAAUCGAAGCACCUACAGCUGUUGAAGAACCUGCAGAUAUUGGACAUCAGCCGUAAUAUAAUUGCUUCCGUGCUUCCGGGAACUUUCCGCGAACAAUCGCUCUUGAAAUAUUUGGAUCUCAGCUUGAACUCACUUCGCACAAUCGAAGACGAUGCCUUCGAGGGUUUGGACAAUCUGCAGACACUGAUCUUGCGAGAUAAUAACAUUUUGUUGAUUCCCGGGAGUGCAUUGGGACGGUUGCCUCGGCUCUCCAACUUGUAUCUGGACUUCAACCGCGUUGCUGCCCUAUCGUCUAACAUUUUGAAAUCAAUUCAGCCGGAAAAUAUUCGCUAUCUAUCGCUGUCACGAAAUGUGAUCCGUGAAUUCCCUGCCAACAGUUUUACUUCGUUCAAGAAAUUGAUAUACCUGGACAUCUCUGGCAACAGUUUGGGAGUCAUCAGUGAGGACACAUUCGCGGGACUGGACAGCACUCUACUGGAGAUAAAAAUGUCGUAUAACAAAAUUUCAACGUUCCGUAAGAUUGAUCUCCCCAAACUCAGGCGAUUAGACAUCAGCUCUAACAGUAUCGAUGACUUGACGGUGGAUGCUUUCCACAAACUGGGCAAUCUUCUGUACUUGAACAUGAGCGGAAAUGAGCAUAUCACCCAAAUCACCAGGACUAUGAUUUAUCCGCUGAACAAACUGCAGGUAAUCGAUAUUAGCAACAACGGAAUAAAAACGAUUCAAGCGGAUCUUUUCCACAAUAAUACGGAACUGAGAAUUAUUCUUUUGAACCACAACCAUUUGAAGAUGAUUGAGGAGAAUACAUUCAUGGCUCUGAACAAUCUGUUCAAUGUGGACAUUUCGCACAAUGAAAUCACGACCAUCAAAUCCCGGUCCUUCAUCAACACGGUCAACCUGAGAACGCUAAACCUGCGCGGAAACAAACUGAUCGAGCUGAGAGCCGAUAUAUUCAACAGUGAAACCGCAAUGGAGACACUCGAUCUUUCGGAUAACGAAAUUGGUGUUUUCGGACCAAACACAUUUAAAAUUCACCCAAGACUGCGAAAAAUUUUCCUAGCAAAUAACAAACUGCAGCGAUUCAGUCCCGAGUUGAUCAAUUCGUUGGAUUUUCUGGAAGUGAUCGAUCUGAGCAAUAAUCAGCUGAUAGCAAUCGAUCAGUUGGACUAUGCGCGAUUCGCGAAUCUACGAGAGCUUUACUUCGCUAGGAACCAGAUCGAGAUAGUGAGUGAUAUGGCGUUCCACAAUUCAACGCAACUGCAGAUAGUGGACUUGAGCGGCAACAAGCUUGAACGACUGACGGAGCGAGUUUUCGAAGGACUGAUCCGUAUUGAGAAACUAGAUCUGAGCCAUAAUGCGCUACAAGAGCUCCCGGAAGGAAUCUUCGACAAAAGCCGUAUUCAAAAGGUUGAAAACUUAAUUCUGACGAACAAUAGUUUCCGAUCGAUUCCGUUAGGCGCAUUGAAAGACCAGCAUGACACUAUUUACAAGCUGGAUAUGAGCUAUAACCAGCUGAAGGAUAUCCCCGCCACAAACACGCACAUGGUGAUGACCAAUAUCAAGAAUAUCGACUUCUCGUUCAAUCCGAUGUCGGAACAAGCCACCAAGAUUCUGUUGGAGCAACCGAAAACAACUAGACAUCUGAAUUUGGCUCACACAGGCAUAGAGCGGCUGCCAAUUCUUGAGACACCGUACCUUCAGUCGUUAAAUCUGUCCAUGAAUAAUAUCAGCUCUAUAGGGGAACGCGUUUUUGAAAAGACCACUCUGCUCCAGGUGUUGGAUGUUUCAUUCAAUAAACUCGAGAAUAUCGACGGUAUGAAUCAGAUUUGGCCCAAACUCAGUUUGUUGAGCUAUCUCGAUUUGUCGAACAAUCCCAUCAAAACAAUCGUUACACAUGCGUUCGACUCGCUGGAAGCCCUAAGGACACUAAAAAUCAAAGAUCUUUCCGAAAUUACCAGACUGGAAAAGAACGCCUUUAAGCCGCUCAGUAGUUUGUCCGUAUUAGAGGCUUACAACUUCGCCAAAUUAGGUUACAUUGACGUUCAAGGGAUUCUUCAGGAGCUUCCAUCGCUGGCAUCGCUUGACAUUGAGGUGAAAGACACGGUGCUGGAAUCGGAUCAGUUACAGGUUAUAGAACAUCCAAAGCUAAGCAAUCUCGGAUUGUACGGAAACAUGCUACAAAGUCUCUCUUCUGGAAGUUUCGCCGGAUUGAGGAACAAAUUUUUAAGUGUCAGUCUGAAGAAUACCUCUUUGACAACGUUACCCACAGCACUCCUGUUACCGCUGCCACGUUCAGCACACAUUGACUUGGACAUAUCCGGAUCGAAAAUAACCACGCUGACACAACCCUUCCUAGGAUCAAUGGAUGAUCGCAAAAAUAGUCUUACCAUUGCUGGACUCAACACCAAUCCUAUCCAGUGUGACUGUCAAGCUCGAGCAUUCCGCCGAUGGAUUAUAGCUGCCAAAAUUAUGGACGUGAGAUGUUCGUCUCCGGAAAAUGUACAAGGUCGAUUGUUGGUGGAAGUUGGCGAUAAUGAACUAGUUUGUGAUCAAAAGAAACAAACAACAACAACAACCACCAGCAGAACGUCAACGAUUACUUUCACCAACUAUACAUCGGAAUAUACACAAGUGAUCACGAAGGUGACUCCAACCACCGAACAGGACAUAAUUUGGAGUGUGGCGCCAACGACAAAGGUUAAAGCCAAAACGAAAAUGCCUCCAAUGAAGCAAAUGCCCAUAACCAACGAUGAUACGCUGAUUAUUGGAAUCGUGGGUGGAGUUAUCGUUUUCAUCUUCCUGCUCAUUAUCAUCAUCUGUAUAUGCAGACUGAAAAUGAACAAUGAUACGUACCGAGGCCCCCCGAUCGGAAUGUCCACGAUGCAUCCAAAUGGAAUGCAGGUUAAUUACAAAAACGGUAAGGGUACCCCGAUCUACCCAAUCGUGGCUCCCUAUGCUACCCUGCCUUACAAACAGAGUUCAUCACCAGAUAAUCAACCUAGGCCAAAUUACUCCACAAUCGGACGAAUUCCGUACCAAUAUCAAAAUCAGCACAUAAUGCCACCACCAUCGCACCAUUCUGCUGCUUCGCUACAUUCAGUCCACUCUGCCCAGAAUCCUUACAUGGCGUACCAAGACGAUAAAGCCUACCGAUAGUCUGAGCGUGUGCCUUCAUCCCCCUUUACUGAGAUUUUCUUCUAGCCCUUAACUUAUUUAUAGUUACAGAGUACAAUGUUCUUUAUUUUUAAACAAAGCCGAUAGUAAAAAAGUGCGAAAAAACUGCCAACUCUUGUCACUGAGAAAAAAAUAUUAGUCUGCAGUGUUAGUGCGUGAUUGAAUCUAAUGCUCAAAUUUAUUUAAUAAGUCAAAUCGGUAGGACCAUGCCGCGACGGAUCCUUUCCGGUUGUACGCAUGCAUUUGACGGAUUUCGAGCCAACUCGAUCAGAUGUUGGCGUGCCCCUAUCAAAAUUGAAUGAAACAUUCUGGGCGUGAAGACCCCGCCUUAUUGAGCAACUUGGCAUACUUAGUUUUCCGAAAAUUUAUCUAGACUAACAUAUAGAAAGGGUCAAAUAUUUUUGAUCAUUUUUUUAAAAAUUUUUUUUACUCGAAAAUGGUCCUACAAAAAAGAGAUCUAUGGAAAAGUUUAGGAAAAUAAUUGAAUUUUCAGAAAAAAAUACUAAAAAAAUAUUUUUAGAAAUCUUACACUGAAAAAAAUCUAUUUCAAAAACUAAAUGUCGAUUUUCUUAAAAUGGUCAUCUCAAAUUUUGAUGAAAUGGUAGACAACUCUUCCAUACAUCGCAACUUGUACGUACAACAAGGCAAAAAAGUUUUACUUACAGAAACUUUUUCAAUAUUUUAUUGAAAUUAAGUUUUUUUUCUGUGCAGAAAGCCAAUCCAAAAUUUAAAAAAAAAUAAUAAUGAAAAUGUUAAAUAAGUGUUUCAGAUGUCUUUAUUUCAAAUCAUAGAGGAACUGGUACGAAUUCGGUACCCCGUAGGCAGAGGCGUAGUGUGCGGGUGGCAAACCCGGCAUUUGCCAAAAUCGAAAAAUUUUCAAAGGCAUUUUGCCAAAUGCCAAAAACCCAAAAUAUCCGUAUUUUUAAAAAAAUAUAAAGUUUUGUUGUUUUUGAAAUCUUGAAAAUUUUUCAUGUGCGUCUUUUGAAAAAUCAUCAAAAAUCGAAUAGUGAGCCAAUUUUAAAUAUUAAAGCUGAUUUGGAUCAAGAAAUUUAUGUUCUCCAAUGAAUUCGAGUAAGUUUAUCGAGAUUUUAAUCACAAAUUUCAUAGAUUUCAUUCCAAAGUGAAAAUUCCGUAUGCGGGUAAUUUGGCAGCCCAAUGUAAACAUAGUGUUGAUGAUACACUAUGCUAAGUAUUGCAUGCCCAUGCAGCAAAAUUUUACUUUACUUUAAUUUUUUUAGUAAGAAAUAAAUCGAGAUGAAAUUUGUUCACUUUUUCUUGAAAAAAUCUUUUUUUUGUUCCUCAUUGUUUUGUAAAAUUGCAUGCUUUUUCGUCAACAUUGAGUUAAUUUACGUAAGAUAGUGUACUUCACUUCUAUUUUGUAUGAAUAUGCCAAAAAAAUACAUUUUCCGUGAUUUCAGGACGAUUCUUUUAAUUUAAAAAAAUAAAAAAUGGGGUGCCAAAUUUAUACCCAGGCAUCUCGGGUACUCGAAUUUGAGUUGUUUCACUUCUAUGCUCAAAGCUCCGAGCCAAAUCAGCCAAAUCAAGUGUUCUCUUUCAAUUCAAAGCGUCUGUCUUACAUAAUGUCUGAAGCCUUCAAACCGAACAUAUUUUUCCGCACUGUUCCGCUGAUUUUUGAAGUCGUUAGCCCAAACUUCUCAUAAUCCUUGAUAAUAUCGGAGAUACUUUCACGUUGAAGCAAUACUGUUAAAUUUAUCCACAUUAAACGAGCCUGAUCGACUGAAAUAAUUGACUGCACCGAUGUAGAUGACGAUACGAUACCUCUUCUAAAAAAAAACAAAAAAAAAGAAUGUUUGUCGAUGGUUGAGGAUUUUGAAGACUUUACUUCGACAGUACCACUUCUGAAAUAUAACAUUGAAUGAUAAGUAAGUUAUAAUGAGUUGCUACUGUAAGAAAGUAAAAUCAUUGUAGGAUAGAUGCGGUUGUAUCGGCAAAUGCAUCAGCAUUGGCACCAUUCUCAUAAGUACAAUGGUAUCAGUUUUGGCAUUACUCCAUGCAGCCAAUACUGAAGCAACUAUUGCCAACACUACCACAUGUACUCUACUCAUUUACAUAUCUUCUGCAUCAUCGAACUCCAGACCAUUUGAUGGAUGUUCAAUAUUUUGGUUAGUUUUAUCCUCAUCUAUACGUCGUUUUUUCUUUGGAACACACUUAUUGCGCCAAAUCACUGCCAAACAAGAUUCACAAAUUCACAUUGUAUCAUCCAACGGAUGGGUAUAUCCCAGUAAACGUAUUUUCUCUAUUAUUGUUGAUCUUAACCGACGUAGUUUAUUACGAUUACACUUGGGGUUGUUAAUACCAGCACUGCAUUUGUAAUCUUUGCAAAUCCUGGAGAUCACUCAUGUUGCUAAACAAUGUCACACUUUUCUUUGUUGAAUUCUGAUGAUUACGCAGAAACAAAAUAAUGCUACCUGGAGGCGAUCUGGCGUAGUGGUAACAUCCAUGCCUCUCACGCUGAAGGUCACGAGUUCAAUUCUCACUCCCGACAUUCUUCAAAAAUGGAAGUACAAGUGACGAACCAGCCAAAUGAGUUGAAAAUCACUAUAAUACAGAUAAAAAAAAAAUAAUGCUACCUUUUUUCCGCCACUUUACAUUUGCUGCCGGUCACGACUGGUAAUUUUCAAAUAACUGCAGAGCCAUUUUUUUCAUCCUUCGGGUAUCUAUACAAUCCAUUUCUUAUUAUCAAAUCUAAAGUGACUUACAGUGACUCUCAAUAAAUACCUAAAUCUACAACAACUGUUCGAUACCUGACCGACCGAUCAAGAGAUUUAAGGUAGAUGGCUAUUGUUUGAGAACUGCUGAUUUUCUCUGAAUUGAAACAUAUUGUACAUUAGCACCCAAGGGCCACCAGCUGAUUUUUUCUAUAACUGUACACCCAGAAAAUAAAUAGAGAAUUUUCGAGAAAAAAUCUUGUUUUUAUUAGAAAAAGUAUGGAAGAGUUGUAGGGCACAUAUUUAUCUACCAUUUCAUCAAAACCUGAGAUGACCAUUUUGAGAAAAUCGACUUUUACUUCCUGAAAUCUAUUUUUUCAAUUUUUCAAAUUUUUUUGAGUAUUUUUUCUGAAAAUUCAAUUAUUUUAUGGAAGAGUUCAUAGAUCACUUUUUUGUAGAACUUGCCAUUUUCGAGCAAAAUUUUUUUUAUAAAAUUUGGCCCUUUCCAUAUAUUAGUCUAGAUAAAUUUUCGGUAAACUGUAUAAGUAUGUCAAGUUGCUUAAUUAGGUAAGGUCUUCACGCCCAGAAAGUUUCAUUAAGUUCUGAGAGGGGUCACGCCAAUCCCAUAGACAAGUUGGCGCGAAAUCCGUUAUUUGUUGAAUAGCUCUAUGAACGCAAGCAAAAUCAACAUAUUGUUGUGAGGUGCUCGAAUGAACAGUGUCACACGCUGGAACAACACUUUUCUGUACUUUUUUCGUUUAAAAAUAAAACACCAAUGUGAAAAUGUC